AUGAAACUUAGAGCAACGAUCCUAAGAAAUGAAACCAAUGUUCUCAAAAUCACUAACCAAAACAGAUGUUCAGAAGAGGCUGUCGGUGCCGAUGACGAGUCUUGCAUCCCUGCCGGAUUUCAAAGAAGGGCACACGGUGGAUUUAUGGGUUAGGGAUGCAUCAAGACAAGGAAAAGUCUGGAAAUUCAAAUGCUCAAUCCGCAAGAAAAAUCACCCCAAGCCUGUUUUCUGCUCCAAAUGGCUUGAUUUUGUUCGUUUCAAUGAUCUUCAAGUUGGUGAUCGAAUCCAGUUUUACAGGGAGAUGGAUGAUCAUCCCUCCGGAGCUAAUUAUUACAAGAUUGAAGUGAAGAAAGCUAUGAAGAUUUUCGGGGUAAUUUUUGGCUACGUAGGGACGGCCUAGGUUAAUUAGUACCUGCGGAACCCUUUUUUUUUUUUUUUUUUUUUUUUUUUUUUUUUCCGAUCUGCUGUCGGCUGAAAACGCCGGAACCUUGACUGGCGACGGAUUCUUUUUUUAGCUUUUGGGGUCAAGUUUAUUUCGAGAACCGCGUUGUAUUAAAAUAGACAAAAAGAA